AUGAAGGUGCAGACUCAGCAACACAUGCAGAUGGUGGUUAGGGACUUCCUCUCCACUGGGCUUUUCAGCUCGGUCUCCUGCAACACCAAGGACUUUGCAGGCAUUUCCCCACCUGUCAGCUACGGAUACUGCCGGGAGUUGUGCCAAGGACACGGGCCUGGCCCCUUCUCUCCCCCUGCCCUUCCCAUAAGUGAAGUCUCUCAGAAGGCUCUGCCUGUGGGUGUGCCCCAAUACCCUCAGCUGACAAGUGGGAAAACUGGAGGCUCUGAAACAGUUACUAAUGUGCCCAAGAGCUUGAAGAUGUGCGGCGUCAGGCGCAUCGGUCUGCCUGUGGCUUCGCCUUUAGAGGCACUUGGGUGGCCCACCCUGGGAUCCAGACCUCACCCGGGGCUUCGGGACCCGCAGAGGGCUGGGGGAGCGGGACGUCGAGGGUGGGACAGGGCUGCGGAGCUGGGAGGGGUGGAAGCAGCGCGGGACUUGCAGGCGGGGCAAACUAAGGCGGGAUCAGGGCGGGCCCGCGGGAAAUUCAGUGGGCGUGUCGGGUGGGCGGGGGUGGUGGCCGUGUCUGGUGGGCGUGGCGUACUCCGGGCAGAGCCGGAAGGUGCCGGGCCCAAGGACACGCACUCUGGCACAUUGCCACCCAGCAGCCUAGAACCCCAAGCACCCAAAAUGAGCCUUUCCAAGGGAGACGAUUCCGAAAGCGAGCCCCCGGUCAAGUUCGUGCGGCGCAAAGACGACAUAACCGGAGAUGAGUAUGAGGACAUGGAGCGAGUGGAGAUGAGCUGCGGACACGCUGUGGACCCGGGGAGCCUCACAGCCUGGUGUCGGAGUCUGAUGGAUCAGGGUUACUUUGAGCUCUACUGUCCUGCUGACGUUGAUGGGGGGAAGUGUGGGAACCUGUGGUCCUACCCAGAGGUUCGCCGCUGUGCUGUGCUGAGUAACUCUGAACAGCGAGACUUUGAGAGGGGACUGGCCCUGCUGGCAGCCAAACUCUACUUCGACUUUAAAGAGUGUCCCAGCUGCAAGAGCCUGGUGGAGAGGAAGGACCUGACCACCAUCCGAGUGCUUUGCACCAUCUGCACUUCCACGCUGGGGGUUCCCCAUGAGUUCUGCUGGCAGUGCCUGCUACCCUGGAAGGGAGUAGGGAUGCCCUCUGACCACUGUGACAAUGUGGGCUGCAGGGACUCAAACCUGGAUAUCCUGGCCUCCUGUAGCACCAAGGAUCUCCCAGGCAGCGAGAUCCGAGACUGUCCUUCCAUCCGGGCCUGCCCCACGUGCGGAAUGCUCAUUGAACACAAGGAGAAGUGCAAAUACAUGCAUUGCACGCGGUGCCAUGUGGAGUUCUGCUUUGCCUGCCUGGAGCUCGCUCAGACCUGCCAGGCCACCAAAGCAGGUGCCUGGUUUAAGUGUUGUGCCAAGCCCCUAGCCCCAAGGCAAAGCCGAAUCCCCGUGUGGCACCGAAGACAGUGA